AUGGCUCCCCCGGGCCGCUCACGACUCCCAACCUCCCCAUUCAUCUCUCUUGUCUUCCUCCCAUUCUUGGUCUUCCUUCUCAGCUUCGCUGGCUCGGCUUCCGCCGCCGGGUCCGCCGUAAUCGGCGUCGAUGUCGGCACAGAAUACUUCAAAGCGGCCCUGGUGAAACCGGGCAUUCCCCUUGAAAUCGUGCUUAGCAAGGAUUCGAAGCGCAAGGAAUUGGCAGCUAUCGCAUUCAAGCCGACUAGAGAAAGCGACGCCCCCUUCCCCGAACGGUUCUACGGCGGCAAUGCGCUGGCCCUGGCGGCUCGGUACCCUGACGAUGUUUACAGCAACUUGAAGGCCUUGUUAGGAUUGUCUUUCAAUGACGGAAACAACGAUCUGGUCAAGGAGUACUGGAGCCGGUAUCCAGCCCUCAAUCUUGAAACUGCCCCCAAUGGCCGCGACUCUGUGGCCAUGCGCAGUAAUCGACUCGGCGAGAUGGAGAAGAAGGACGCUUUCUUGGUUGAGGAAAUCCUGUCCAUGCAGCUGAAGGAAGUGAAGGCCAAUGCCGAUCUGUUGGCUGGUAAAGGGUCGGACAUCCGUGAUGUCGUGAUUACAUACCCUGCCUUCUAUACCGCAGAGGAGAAACGGAGUCUUUCUCUGGCCGCCGAACUGGCUGGCCUGAAGAUCGAGGCUCUCAUCAGCGAUGGUUUGGCCGUUGGUUUGAACUACGCCACUAGCCGCAAGUUCCCCAGUGUCACGGACGGAGAGAAGCCGGAAUACCAUGUUGUCUACGAUAUGGGAGCUGGCUCGACAACCGCGAGCGUUCUGCGCUUCCAGAGCCGCCAGGUCAAGGACAUCGGCAAAUACAAUAAGACCAUUCAGGAAAUCCAUGUGAUGGGAUCUGGCUGGGAUAAGACACUCGGAGGCGACGCUUUGAAUGAUCUCAUUGUCCACGACAUGAUUGAGAAGCUCGUCGAAGAAAAGAAGCUCAAGGGCACGGUCACCGCCGCGGACGUCAAGGCGCACGGCAAGACGAUGGCGAGACUCUGGAAGGACGCAGAGAAGGUUCGACAGAUUCUCAGCGCCAACUCCGACAGCUCGACUAGCUUCGAAGGUCUGUACGACGAGGAGCUGAACUUCAAGUACAAAAUCACCCGCUCCCACUUUGAGAAACUGGCCGCAGAACAUGCCGCUCGUAUUGGCGCUCCUUUGGAGAAAGCCCUUGAGGCCUCCAACCUGAAGCUCGAUGAUCUUGACUCCAUCGUUCUCCACGGUGGUGCUAUCCGUACUCCUUUCGUUCAGAGAGAGCUCGAGAAGACCUGCGGAUCAUCUAAGAAGAUCCGAACCAAUGUCAACGCCGAUGAGGCAGCAGUCUUUGGUGCCGCUUUCAAGGGUGCUGCUCUCAGCCCCAGCUUCCGAGUCAAGGAGAUUCGCGCCAGUGACGCCGCCUCUUACCCCGUCGUCCUCCAGUGGAACUCGGAUGGCAAGGUCAGAACCCAGAAGCUAUUCACUGCUACCUCUCAAGUCGGUCCCGAGAAGCAAGUCACUGUCAAGAACCUGGACGACUUUGGUUUCGAGUUCUAUCAACAGGUUGGUCAGAACGAUGAGAACCUCCCGGUUCUCAGUGUUCAGACCCAGAACCUUACUGCCUCUGUGGCCAAGCUGAAGGACAGCUUCGGCUGCUCAACUGCGAACAUAACCGCCAAAUUCAACAUUCGCUUGGAUCCUGUCAACGGCCUCCCUGAGGUCACCAGCGGUAAUGUGAGCUGUGAAGUUGAGGCCGAGAAGAAGGGAAUCGUGGAUGAUGUCAAGGGGUUCUUCGGUCUUGGCUCCAAGAAGGGAGACCAAGAGCCCCUUGGUGAAGACGAGGCUAGCGAAUCGAUCACCCUUGAGCCCGAAGUCGAAUCUUCCACCACCGCAUCUGCAAGUGACGCCUCGACCACUAGCGCCACUAAGGACGCCGGUAAGGCGACUGCGCAAACUAAGGUCGAGAUUAUCCCAAUUGCCCUGAAGUCUACCCAGCUUGGAACACCAGCACCUUCGGCCAGCGAGCUCGCCCGCAUUCGUGCGCGCUUGUCUGCGUUUGAUGCUUCGGACCGUGAUCGUAUCCUGCGUGAGGAGGCACUCAAUGAGCUGGAGUCGUUCAUCUACCGCAGCCGCGACUUGGUGGAUAAUGAGGAGUUUGCCAAGGCUGUCAAGGAAGAUCAACUGGCUGCCUUGCAAGACAAGGUCUCCAAGUCUAGCGACUGGCUUUAUGAAGAAAGUGAUAACGCCAAGACCGCCGACUUUCAGGCUAAACUGAAAGACCUGAAGAGCAUUGUCAACCCUGCUCUCAAGCGCAUGAAGGAGUGGGCCGAUCGUCCCGCCCGCGUGCAGAUGCUCCAAGAUAUGAUCAAGAACGCCGAAUCUAUGAAACAGCUCAUUGAGAACCAGAUUCAAACUGAUGAGGAUGCUUAUUCCUCGGCUCUCUCCGCCUCAAGCACUUCUACUGAAGAAUCGGAGACUAGCUCUUCCACCGCUGCUCCGGCUGCUUCGACCGAUGACCCUCUGGACGAACUUGAUGAGGACUCUUACUCAUCCUCGAAGACCUCCACCAAAACCGCUGCGGCAGCUAAGCCCACCGGUCCUAAGUAUACUCUCUUCAACCCUACGGACCUCUCUUCUCUCACACAAGUGUAUGAUUCCGUCAAGCCCUGGCUCACGGAACAACUUGCUGUCCAAGAAAAGCUCACCGAGUCCGAUGACCCUGCUUUGACUCUGGUCGAUAUCGAUUCCCGUCUGCGCGAGUUCGAGCGUGUCUUGAACCGCCUGUACGAGCGGAUGACCGUUGCCGCCAAGAAGAACAGUCCAAAGAAGGACAGCCCCAAGAAGGGGAAGAGCAAGACCAAGCAACCCGAAGUUGAUAAGAGCAAGGGCAAUGAGAAGACAAAGGCCCCUGUGAACGACGACCGAAAGGAUGAGCUUUGA